GGAAAUGGCCAAGGGAACCCUGAAAAACUUGCUGUCAAUAACAUUGACACCGGCGUAUUGAUCAAUGAAUUGGCGGAUAUUGAACUUUUGCCGAAGAAGCUCGAAUCCUUGAGUGACGGGGAGAAAGAAGACUUCGAGCAGAACCCCGAGAACCUACAUUGGAAAGCCUAUGAACAAGGGCCGUCUCCAAUUGAGGAAGGAACAUAUCGGGGGACUCAACUGGCGCUUACAAAGAUCUAUGAUCUUAUAGAACAGCGCUUUAUAUCCUUCAUGGAUACAGCCAAUUUCGAACCUUUAGUUCCGUCGCCUCUGACCAGGGACGAGAAAGGCAAGUUCUUCGCCUUCACAGAUGGCAAAGACGGUUACCCGCCCCAUCUCAACCUUGCUGGCAAUGUACCAGCAGCAGAGAAGGAUAAAAUCAACCAGAGAUCAACACUUCAGCCAACUUCUCUUUUUAAUAAGAUGCGCCUGCUUCAGUUAGCCUCGCUCUUACCUAGCGUCGUGCCAAAUAAAUUCAUAAGAGCAGCUGCUGAUAGAACUGCAUGGGUUUGGUUUGGGUCUCUGGGCAGACCCGAUGCGGGGAAGAAGCUCGAAGAUGUGGAAAAGUAUAACAGGAAGGCUCGUGGGUCAUGUCAUAACGAUAUAUUCGAUUUUCCCAACGUGGGCGAUUUGACAGAUUGGUACAGCGAUGCCCGGUUUGCCCAGCAGCAGUUUACAGGGACGAAUCCUACAACGAUCGAACUGGCUUCAGAAGGCUGGCUACAGCACUUUAUCCAAGCCGCAGACGCACCAGAGGAUGAAGCGGUUAAGAAGACCAUCGCCGAUCUCAGUAAAAGCUGUCGAAAGUCUUUGUACAUGCAAGAUUACAGCUACUUUCGCGAGGCUGCUGGGCUGGAUCCGACCGCGGUAAUCAAAUGUGAGUUUGACGAAGCAGAUGAGAAGGGCAAGAGCAGAAAAAGCUAUCGGUAUGGUUGCGCAUCUGUGUGUCUUUUUUAUCUCGAUGAUAAAGGCCAGCUUUACCCGCUAGCUAUUGUUAUCGACUGGCGGGGCAGUGCCGAGACAUCUGUGACAAUCUACAACCGGGAAUUGAUCAAGCGGAAGGAUCUCCGCCCAGGAAGCGAAAAGCAGGACCAAAAACAGAAGAUAACAGACGAGGCUCAUGACUGGGCUUGGAGAUAUGCCAAGACCUGCGUGCAAUGUAGCGACUGGCUUCGGCAUGAAGUCACCGUGCACCUUACUAAUACUCAUUUAAUUGAAGAAGCCAUCAUUGUCGCCUCUCACCGGCAACUCGACCCGGACCACCCUGUUUUGAAGUUGCUCUAUCCGCACUGGCAGAAGACCUUGGCACUGAAUGCGGCUGCCCGAAACACGCUGGUUCCCCAUAUCAUUGUUGAACUAGUCGGGCUUCAGGCAAACGAAGCCUAUGCGUUUAUCCGGCACGCGUACAAGAACUUUGACUUCAAGAAACGCUACGUACCCACAGAUCUCAGCGAACGUGGGUUCCCUCCAGAGCAACUCGACAGUCCGAAGUUUCAUAACUACGCCUACGCUAGAUGCAUUCACAGCAUGUGGCAUAAGAUCAGGAACUACGUACAAGACAUGCUUGCUCUAGACUACCCAGGACCUGAUGCCGACCACAAAGUACUGUAUGACGAACGCAUUCAGGCCUGGUCUGCAGAGAUGCGGAGCUCCGAUGGUGCCGAUUUGCCAUAUUUCCCGACCAUCAGCACGUUUAAGGAGCUUCUUGACUGCGUGACCAUGUGUAUUCACAUCGCAUCCCCCCAGCAUACGGCUGUCAAUUAUCUACAAAACUACUACCAGGCAUUUGUGGUCAACAAACCUCCCUGCCUUUACGCUGAGCCUCCAGCCUCCCGACAGGGUCUGCUCGCCUACACCGAGAAACAGCUCAUCGAGGCGCUGCCUAUGAAUCACACUCGGGACUGGCUUCUUGCUUCGCAUAUACCCUACCUACUCAGCUUUAAGCCGGGUAAUAAAGAAAGCCUGAUUAUCUACGCUGCUUCAAAGUUUCAUCUGUAUUACAAUAAGACCUCAGAGAAGGACCAGGCCAUCGCAAAAGCGACCGGAAAAUUCUACACAGCGCUUGCUGAUAGCGAAGAAGAAUUCAAAGGUUACGGACAAGCGACGGAUGAUUGGGGAACAGUACGGUACGAGGUGUUGAGCCCGGAGUGGACUGCAGUGUCAAUUUUGAUUUAG